CUCAGAAGGCUUUGCGUGCUAGCAGAAACGCGCUGAAUACUCCGACGACAGUCGGUUUCUGUCGGGUUCCCACAGCAGAGAAGGACAUUAAGCGUUAAAAGAUUUAAAUUUGGAAGGAAUUUUAAUAUUUAGUUCACGAUUUAACGAAACAUUGCACUAUUUUUGCGUUAGCUAGCUAUGCUAUGCUAACCGCUAUCUGCGCUGGGGUUCUGGUCGAGGUGAUGGCGGGGAAGGUUCUCUGUGAGCCCACUGAGCUCUACAACACCCUCAGUCAGCACCACCGCCACUCCAGGCUCACAGAGCCCAACUAUCUUUGCUUGAUUGAUGCCCGCGCUGAGGGACCGUAUUACUGCAGUCACAUUGUUACUGCUAGAAAUGCUAAGUGGGAUUCAAAAGGAAAAUUUAUCAUCCCCCCUGAUGUGGAAAUUGAGAGCAUGAGAUACAUCAUUGUGUAUGACAGCAAUACCAGUUCCUUUCUAGAUUCAGGUCCAGCCAUAGACUGUGCUGAAAGCCUGGAAAAAGUGAGUCGCUACCCAGUUCAGAUUCUUAUUGGAGGCUAUGAGAGGUUUUCUGCAGUCUACCCUUUCUUCAGAACACAGAAAAUUAUUUACACAAUCAGGGAACUGGAAAGCCUGAGGCCUUAUCCAGUGGAAAUCUUGCCUGGCCAGCUCUACAUGGGUGAUUUCAAGCAGGCGACAAAUCCACAGAUACUCAGAGACCUGAGACUGACAGCACUGAUUAAUGUCUCUGAGGAGAGCAGUCUAGUGUCUGAGAAGGGAAGCUACUCAGUCCUGCAUGUCCGAGUGGCGGAUUCUGUGGAUGCUGAUUUGUCUGGUUCCUUUGAGAGAGUCUGUGUUUUCUUGGCCUCUUGCCUUAACGCUGGAUCUGCUGCGUUCAUAUUUUCAACACACGGCAUCAGCCGCUGCAGUGCGAUGGCCAUGGCCUUCCUUAUGCACCACCUACAAUACACACUGAAGGAGGCGUGGGAUCAUGUCCAAAAAUGUAAAGCCAACAUGAGGCCCAAUCGAGGAUUUGUGCAGCAGCUGUCCAGCUGGGAGCUGUCUGUACAGGGGAGGACGGUGACAGACAUUUCAGAGCCCAACUACUGAGUCUUCAGCUGUUCUAAGACAACUGACUCGAUCCUGUAUUCAGAGAUCCUGAAUGAAUUUACUGGAAAAAAAAUCAGGGCUCCAUGUAA